GAUAUUUCAACUUUCAACUGUCAAGAUGUGUUUUCACAACUUGCGUGGAUUUUGUUGAUACAGUUUUACUGAUUGUUAGUACAAUCAGUUGUUCGUGAAACUUUGUUUUUACAUAAAUUUGCUAUCAACAGUCGUAUACUUUCAGUAAUAAAGUAUACACAAAAUGGGGUCCAAAAAACACAAGAAAGAAUCGAAAAAGAAGAAGCACAGGAGUAGGUCACGCUCGCCAUUAGAUGGAGAAGACCGGGAACGAAAGCGCCACAGAAAACACAAAGAUCGCAAGAAGGAUCGUUCGCCCGAUGUUGAGGAAGUGCCGGUGGACUCGCACCUGCAGGCGAAGGACGAUCGCUCGCGCUCGCGCAGCCGCAGCACCAGCGCCGCGCCCAGCCUGAAGGAUGAUAGGAACAGUGAAAAAAGCACUGAGGCUGAGAGGUCACAAUCACCAGUCAGCGCGCCGGCAGCCGCCCAGGAGAGCCUGUCCAUUGAGGAGACAAACAAGCUGCGAGCCAAACUUGGCCUCAAGCCUUUGGAGGUUGCUGAGAAACCUGCUGAAGAUGGCAAGAUCAAAGACGACCUCGGCGAGUUCUACCACAAGCCGGCGCCGAACAUCGCGCAACAGAAGAAGUCGGACAAGAUGCGCGAGAAGCUCGACGAGAGACGAGAGAAGAGAAAACUAGAGACCAAGUUGAAAACAACACUUCUAACAGAAGGGUCGGAUGAUGAGGACGCGUCUGCUUGGAUCAAAAAAUCACGACAACUCGAGCUUCAGAAGCGGGAAGCUGAAAAACGGGCGGCGAUGCUGGACGAGCUGGACGCGGAGUUCGGCGUGGGCGCGCUGGUGGCGGAGGAGCAGCGCGACCAGCGCCGCCGCAGCUACGCGCAGAAGCACCUGCGCGGCCUGCGCGUCGCGCACGACGUCGCCGCGCUGCCCGAGGAGCGCGAGACGAUCCUGACGCUGGCGGACAAGGACGUGCUGGCGGAGGACGGCGAGGACGUGCUCGUCAACGUCAACAUGCUGGACGACGAGCGCUACAGGAAGAACAUAGAGGAGCGCCGCAAGGCCGCGGCCGGCUACCAGGCGUACGACGAGGAGAGCGAGGUGGCGGCGGCGCUCGGCCUCGCGCGGCCGCUGCUCGCCAAGUACGACGACACCAUCGACCCCGACAAGCGCCAGGCCGGCAAGGGCUUCGUGCUGGGGGACGACGCCGCGCUGCAGGCCACGCGCUUUCGGGAGAUGCUGCGGCAAGAGCGUCUGGCGGGCGGGCCGGACAAGCGGCUGGAGUCGCUGAGCGCGCCGGCGCCGCAGCUGGCCGCCGACUACCUGGACGAGCACGAGAUAUCCGCCAAGUUCAAGAAGUUCAAGAAGAAGGGCAAGUUCCGCAAGAAGCCGAAGCAGGAGCCCAUCGACGUGGACGACUACGAGGCGGGCGACGCGCCGCUGCACACGGACGACACCGAAGUACCAGCAGAUGCGGCGGGCGCGGCGGGUGCGGGCGAGCUGGCGGAGGACGAGGACGAGACGGAGGUGGACGGCGAGCUGCAGGCCGCCCUCGCGCGCGCGCGCCGCCUCACGCAGGCCUCCGCCCCGCCAGUGCCCAAGGUGGAGGAGAUCCUGCAGCAAGUGAAGAAGGAGGAGCCGGCGUCGGAGGGCGAGGAGGGCGGCGCCGGCGUCGUGCUGGACGCCACUGCGGAGUUCUGCCGCACCCUCGGGGACAUCCCCACCUACGGGCUCGCCGGCAACCGGGACACCGCCACUGAGAUUAUGGACUUCGAGCGCACGGAGGCGGAGGCGGAGCCCGAGGCGGAGGCCGGGUCGGGCGCGUGGAGCCGCGUCGACAUCGGCAGCGAGAAGCCCGCCGACCUGGUGGCCGGUACGCGCUGCACCAUACGUAUCACCAGUCUAUAUUUGGACCCUUCUCCCUUCGAGUUCCGCGAGAAGAGCAACUUCCGGCCGAACGUGAAGCUGGAGUACGUGGACGACGACGGGCGCGCGCUCUGCCCCAAGGAGGCCUUCCGCUACCUGUCGCACAAGUUCCACGGCAAGGGGCCCGGCAAGAACAAGCAGGAGAACGAGGACGACAAGCACGGGCGUCGCGAGCGCGGGGGGCACGGGGGGCACGGCGGGCACGGCGGGCACGGCGGCAGCGAGUUCCGCGAGAAGAGCAACUUCCGGCCGAACGUGAAGCUGGAGUACGUGGACGACGACGGGCGCGCGCUCUGCCCCAAGGAGGCCUUCCGCUACCUGUCGCACAAGUUCCACGGCAAGGGGCCCGGCAAGAACAAGCAGGAGAAGCGCAUCAAGAAGCAGCAGCAGGAGGGGCUGAUGAAGAAGAUGAGCUCGACGGACACGCCGCUGGGCACGCUGCACAUGCUGCAGCAGAAACAGAAGGAGACCCACUCGCCAUACAUCGUGCUGAGCGGCACCAAGCGGGACACCAACAACUGAACCAUUUCCAUGAUAUACAACACUUCACAGUAACCAUAGAUCAGUAUAAGAAAUAAAUAUGCAUGUUCAAAUUGAUUAAGAAAAUCAGUUCAAUGAAAUUGUAGAUGUAAGAAGUAUUUUCGUGUAACAAAUAUGUGUUGAAAGCGGUGUUGGCAAUCAAUUCAUUUAAUAAAUUUUCGUGUCGUCACUUGCGUUGAUUUCCUCGUUAACUUUUAAUAGAAAACCAACACUGGGUUUAUAUUUUAAUUAAAUUUCUGGAUACCUAUCGUUAUUGUUUUUAAGUGCAUAUGUCAGAUCAUAAGUUUUAUUCCAUUCACUUCAUAACAAAUGUAUGCUACAUUAUACAAUCUAAUACAAAUAAAAGAAUGAACAA